CCAUGUGUCACUCCCGCAGCUCCCUGCCCGCCAUGCCCGUCCUGCGGGCCCCGACCCCGGUGCCCUCCACCAGCCCGGGGCCCCGGCGGGGCUCGGGUCCUGAGGUCUUCACGUUCGACCCUCUCCCGGAGCCGGCGGUGGCCCCCGCCGCGCGCCCCAGCGCCUCCCGCGGGCACCGAAAGCGCAGCCGUAGGGUCCUCUACCCGCAGGUGGUCCGGCGCCAGCUGCCUGCUGAGGAUCCGAAUCCUGCCAAACGGCUCCUCUUCCUCCUGCUCGCCAUCGUCUUCUGCCAGGUCCUGGUGGCUGAAGAAGGGGCGCCGGCGCCCCUGACCCCGGAGGACGCCCCCAGCGCGGCGCCCCCCGCGCCCACCCCUGCGCCCUCAGCCCUCGAGCCCCUUAACCUGACGGCGGAGCCGUCGGACUACGCUCUGGACCUCAGCACUUUUCUCCAGCGACACCCGGCCUCCCUCUAACCGUGACUCCCCACCCCCAGCAGAGCCUGAAAAGGCAAAGGAACCCCGGGCGUAUCGGGGUGUGAGAGCGCACCCCAA